AUGGGCGGCGGCGACGGGGCCGCAUUUAAGCGGCCGGGGGACGGCGCCCGCCUCCAGCGCGUCCUCGGGCUCGGCUCCCGCCGGGCGGCCCGCUCUCUACCCGCCGGGGGCCCAGCGCCGCGCCGCACCGCGCCGCCCCCGCCGGGCCAUGCGAGCGCGGGCCCCGCCGCGAUGAGCUCGCACAUCGCCAAAAGCGAGUCCAAGACGUCUCUGCUGAAGGCGGCGGCGGCGGCGGCGAGCGGGGGCAGCCGGGCUCCCCGCCACGGCCCUGCCCGGGAGCCAGUGCUGCCCAGUCGCCGGCUGCCCGGCCCCUGCCCUGGCACGCCGUCGCCGUCCGGGGACCCCAGUUCGCGGAGGCCCCUGUGCCGGCCGGCGCCGCGAGAGGAGGGCGCGCGGGGGAGCCGGCGCGGGCUCCCCCAGGCGCACUGCAGGCCCCGGGAGGCGCUGCCGGCCGCGGCGUCCCGACCUUCGCCGCCGUCGCCGUUGCCGCCGGCCCGCGGGCGGGAUGGGGAGGAACGGGGUCUGUCCCCGGCGCUCGGCCUCCGGGGCUCACUGCGAGCCCCGGGUCGCGGGGACUCUGCUCCAGCCGCCGCGUCCGAGGCAGACCCGUUCCUCCACCAGCUGCGCCCCAUGCUCAGCUCCGCCUUCGGCCAGAUGCGCCAGGAGGAGACCAGCUACACGGUGGUACAGACAAGCGAGGAGGGCCUGGCGGCCAGCAGCGAGCUCCCCGGACCACUCCUGAUGCUGGCUCAGAACUGCGCGGUCAUGCACAACCUGCUGGGCCCGGCCUGCAUCUUCCUGCGUAAGGGCUUCGCGGAGAACAGGCAGCCUGACAGAUCUCUGCGGCCAGAGGAGAUUGAAGAGCUCAGGGAGGCCUUCAGAGAAUUUGACAAGGACAAGGAUGGCUACAUCAACUGCCGGGACCUGGGUAACUGUAUGCGCACCAUGGGCUACAUGCCCACCGAGAUGGAGCUCAUCGAGUUGUCUCAGCAGAUCAACAUGAACCUGGGUGGCCACGUGGAUUUUGAUGACUUUGUGGAGCUAAUGGGACCUAAACUCCUGGCGGAAACAGCAGAUAUGAUUGGAGUAAAGGAACUGCGAGAUGCUUUCCGAGAGUUUGACACCAACGGUGAUGGGGAGAUAAGCACCAGUGAGUUACGAGAGGCCAUGAGGAAACUCCUGGGUCAUCAGGUGGGACACCGAGACAUAGAAGAGAUUAUCCGGGAUGUGGACCUCAAUGGGGAUGGACGAGUGGACUUUGAAGAGUUUGUCCGGAUGAUGUCCCGCUGAGGCCGCCAGGGCCCCUCCAGGACCGCCAAGCUCCGCGGGGCGGGAGAAGAGCCUGAGCUCGCCUCACCCUGCCGCCGCCGCCGCCGCCGCCGCCGCCGCCGC